ACAGACACUAGGCAGCAAGAUGCCAUCUUUCUCAACACCAUUGUUGUACCUCUGCCUACUGCUGGUGCCGUGCCUUCUUCUCUUGCAAGAAGCACACGCGGCGCGCCAUGGAGGGAUCUCACUGAGGUCCCAACACAUUGCCCUCCUCCACUGGAAAGCUACACUUGCAAGCCCACCGCUGCAGAUGAGCUCUUGGCAGGAAAACACCAGCCCAUGCAACUGGACGGGCAUCAUGUGCGCGGCUGUUCGUCGUGGCCGCCGUAUGCCCUGGGUGGUGACCAGCAUCUCCCUGCCAGACGCUGGCAUCCAUGGCCAACUUGGUGAGCUCAACUUCUUGGCUCUUCCAUUCCUUACAUAUAUUGACCUCAACAACAACAGUCUACAUGGUCCAAUACCAGCUAAUAUCAGCUCUCUAUCAUCACUAUCUUGUCUUGAUCUCGGCUUCAACCACCUCAAAGGGAAAAUUCCUCAUGAGAUAGGUGCCCUGCAAAGUCUCACGCAGCUUGAUCUGUCAUUUAACAGACUCACAGGACACAUUCCUGCGUCUAUGGGCAACCUAACAAUGUUAACUGUUCUGGUCAUUGGCCAAACCAUGGUAUCAGGUCCCAUUCCUGAGGAGAUUGGAAGACUUGUCAACCUACAAGCUCUACAGCUAAGCUACAGCACUUUAAGCGGCAUGAUACCAAAAACCAUUGGAAAUCUAACCCAGCUAAAUACUUUGUACCUGUUUGCUAAUCUACUUUCAGGGCCUAUACCCCAAGAACUAGGCAAGCUAGUUCAUUUGCAAUAUCUUGAGCUUGAUAGAAAUGUUUUUUCAGGACCAAUUCCAAUCUUCAUAACCAAUCUCACUAAGAUGAACACACUUUUUCUCUUUGACAAUCAAAUCUCAGGUCCAAUACCCCCAGAACUAGGCAAGCUCGCUAUGCUAAACGGACUUGAUCUCAGCAAAAAUCAAAUAACAGGUCCAAUACCCCCAGAACUAGGGAACCUAACUAUGCUCAACGAAAUUUUUCUCGAUGAUAACCAAAUCACAGGUCCAAUACCUUUAGGAUUGGGCAUCUUGCUGAAUCUCCAGUAUUUAAGCAUGUACAACAAUCAAAUAUCGGGCUCUGUUCCUGCCAGCUUAGGGAAUAUAACCAAGCUAGUUCAACUAGCCCUCUUUGAAAAUCAGAUAACAGGUUCCAUCCCCCAGGAAAUUGGCAAUCUAAUGAACCUCGAAUAUUUAGGCUUGUAUCAGAACCAAAUUUCGGGCUCAAUACCUAAAACUUUUGGGAAGUUGCAAAGCAUGCAAGAACUGCAAAUCUUUGAUAACAAAUUAUCAGGUUCUCUUCCUCAAGAAUUUGGAGAUCUCGUAAGCCUUGUUCAACUUGGGCUAGGUAACAACUCCCUUUCAGGACCUUUACCAGCAAAUAUAUGUUUAGGUCGCAAACUUAAAUUUCUCCAUGUCUAUUCUAAUAUGUUCAAUGGCCCCAUUCCAAGUAGUUUAAAGACAUGUACGAGUUUGGUUAGACUUCAGCUUCAGAAGAACCAACUAACCGGAGAUAUAUCUCAGCAUUUUGGUGUGUAUCCACAACUCAUAGAAAUGCGCUUGUCAUCUAAUAGACUCUCUGGGCAGAUCUCACCAAAUCUAGGUGCAUGUACCCAGCUAACAGUAUUAUCUCUAGGAAACAAUAUGAUCAGGGGUUCCAUACCUCCAUUCCUUUCUAAAUUGUCCAACCUAGAACAACUAAGACUUGAUUCUAAUCAUCUCAGCGGUGAGAUUCCACCAGAAAUCUUUAGUUUAGCAAAUCUAUAUAGACUGAACUUAUCGUCGAACCAGUUAUCUGGAUCCAUACCUACACAGAUAGAAAAGCUGAGCAAUCUAGGGUACCUUGAUAUGUCCGGGAACAGACUGGGUGGAUUGAUACCUGAAGAACUAGGGGCAUGCAUGAAACUAGAGUCCUUGAAGAUCAACAACAACAACUUCAGUGGGAGUUUGCCUGGUGCGGCUGGAAAUUUAGCACGCCUGCAGAUCAUGUUAGAUGUGAGCAAUAAUACCCUCAGUGGCGUGUUGCCGCAAGAGCUUGGGAAGUUGGAGAUGCUAGAAUUUCUGAAUUUAUCGCAUAAUCAGUUCAGUGGCAACAUUCCAUCCUCCUUUGCAAGCAUGAUGAGCCUUUCAACACUUGAUGUGUCCUACAACGACUUGGAAGGACCAGUCCCAACAACAUGGCAUCUCCGAAAUGCUUCAGAAACUUGGUUUCUUCCCAAUAAAGGCCUGUGUGGUAACCUCUCUGGCCUGCCACCUUGUUAUUCAACCCCAGUGGCUGCUCACCAAAAAGGGAAAAUACUUGGUUUGCUUUUGCCAAUUGUUCUUGUGAUGGGUUUUGGCAUUGCUGCUGCAAUUGUUGUCAUAAUAAUACUUACUCGUAAGAAGAGAAAUCCACAAGAAAGUGUUACCGCUGAAGCAAGGGACCUAUUCUCUGUUUGGAAUUUUGAUGGAAGAUUAGCAUUUGAUGAUAUUGUAAGGGCAACAGAAGACUUUGAUGAUAAGUACAUCAUUGGAACAGGAGGAUACAGCAAAGUCUACAAGGCACAACUCCAAGAUGGGCAGCUGGUUGCUGUGAAGAAGCUUCAUCAGACCGAAGAGUUAAAUGAUGAAAGAAGAUUUCGUAGUGAAAUGGAAAUCUUAACACAGAUCCGACAACGAAGCAUUGUCAAAAUGUAUGGAUUCUGCUCCCAUCCAGUGUAUAAAUUUCUAGUCUACGACUACAUUCAGCAGGGAAGCCUCCACAGAAUAUUGGAAAAUCAGGAGCUAGCAAAGGAAUUAGAUUGGAAGAAGAGAAUUGCUCUUGCAACUGAUGUGGCUCAAGCAAUAUCUUAUUUGCACCACGAAUGCAGACCACCUAUAAUCCAUCGAGAUAUCACAAGCAACAACAUCUUACUUGAUACAUCCUUCAAGGCUUUUGUCUCGGAUUUCGGCACGGCAAGGAUUCUUAAGCCCGAUUCAUCAAACUGGAGUGCACUAGCAGGAACGUACGGCUACAUAGCUCCUGAACUGUCAUACACAUCUGUUGCGACAGAGAAAUGUGAUGUUUAUAGCUUUGGGGUGGUUGUGUUAGAGCUAGUGAUGGGCAAGCAUCCAAGGGAUUUAUUAGAUGGUAGUCUUUCUAACGGCGAACAAGCAAUAAUGGUGAAAGAUAUUCUGGACCAACGUCCGACAACACCAAUAUCAACUGAAGAGAAUAGCUUAGCUCUGCUCAUCAAGCUGGCCUUAUCUUGUUUGGAAUCUUCUCCCCAAGCAAGGCCAACCAUGCGGGGGGCAUACCAAACACUCAUCCAGCGACCAUCUUCUAGUUCAACUACCGUGCCUUUCAGCGCACUUACAUUACAACAAGGGAUGCAUGUUGACAUAAGGCCUCAAUCCUAGUGAGAAACCAGGGUCUACUGAAGCAGAGGCUGAUUCAGAUUUCUGAUUUUUUUACUCAAGUCACUGAUACACCACCUAUAUAUACCUCUUGUAUGCCAUAUGACAUGACAUGCCACACAGGAUGAGUUGAUUACUCAUUGUAAGUCUAUAUAUUUGUAGACUAUCCGGAUACAACAAAGAUCGCCGUUGUGUGCCCGUGGUUUUUCCCGCAAGGGUUUUCCAUGUAAAAAUGUGUGUCUUGU